AUUUUUCGGUAUAUAUUCUGUGGUAUAUUUAUGGCAUAGAUUUGUUGCUCCUCCGGAUUGCCGGGUUUUUCCUUGAUUCCCCUUGAUUGGAUUGGCGUUGAAUGGCCGGCCAUGGAUUACCAGUACUUUGAGGAGGAAUCGGACUACAUAGAUCUGGACGAGGAGGAGGAGCUCGAUGAGGAGGCGGUCGGCUUGGACUACACCUACGGAAAAGCAGCGGAGGUGGACGUGGAGGAGGAGGAUUACUAUGUGGGCGGCGAGGAGGAGGAGUUGCUGGACGGCUAUGGAGUGCUGGGCCUGCUCGAGACGCUGAAGAACUGCGUGGAGCCGUCGCUGCUGCAGGUGCUGCAGUACGUGGCGCCCAUGCUGCUCCUCUGCCUGCUGUGCCGCCUCCUGUGCCUGCUGUACUCGCAGCGCAGACGCCUCACCAGCCUGGCGCCGCUGCACUUGCUCCACUGCGCCUGCGGCCUGGUUCUGCUGCACUGCUCCCUGGGCCACCGCCUGCUGCUGCUUCUCCUGCUGGCCGCCGUGGGUUACCUGCUGCUCCAGCUGCUGCGACUGGGUCGCCGCGGAGCUCGCCUCCUGGCCAUCCUCACCGUGGGCAGCCAAUUCCUCUACGAGCUGCUCAUUUGGCGCCGCCGCAGCGACUGGCCCCAGCUGCGCGGCAUCCAGAUGGUGGUCAACAUGAAGCUAAUCUCGCUGGGAUUCGACCUUACAGCCAGCAGUGCUGGUGGUGGCCCACAGCUGCAGGCGAGGAUUCCCGGUCCGCUGGCCUAUCUGGGCUACAUCUACAGCCCGGCCACCUGCGCCCUGGGUCCCUGGGUGAGCUUCGCCUGCUACAUGGACUGCCUGGUGCCGCGGAACGGCUGGUUGGUUAGCCUGCGUCGCCUGGUGCCCAACGCCCUGCUCUGCAUCCUGGCCGUCAUCGUGUCCAAUUGCGUGGCGCCCGCGCUGAGUGACUUCUUUGGCGACAGCUCCCACUUCCUGGUCAUGUACUGGGAUGCGUUGAGCGUGCGCAGCAGCCACUACUUUGUGGGCAUCAUGGCGCAGGCGCUGCUGGUGGCCUCGGAUCAGCGAUUGGAUGGGAUCGGAGCCAGCAGCAAGGAGUCGGAUCUGCUUGGUCCGCUCGUGGCGCAGCCCUGGCGGAUCGAGUGGCCCAGGUCGAUCAGCUCGCUGGUCAGGAGUUGGAACAUUCCCAUGCACGAGUGGCUCAAGCGGUACAUCUACGCUCCCAGCAAGUUGGACGCCAGCAGCAGUUCCAGGGGACGCAUCCUGCUGGCCGUAUUCUGCACCUACCUGGUGUCCAGCCUGCUGCACGGCAUGGAUCUGCGCAUCUACCUGGUGCUCAUCUCGCUGGCCGUCUUCGCCGAGGGCGAAUCCCUGCUGAGGCGUCACCUCGCCACCGCCCUGGAUGCCUGCAUCUCGGCGAAUCACUGCCCGGGAAGGCAGCGGUGUCGCUAUGGCCACUGCCCCAGCAAGCGGGGCUGGAACUCCAUCUCCAGCUGGCUGGUGGGCAUGGCCAAUCUGGCCUUCACGGCGCUGGCCAUCUUCCACCUGGCCUAUCUGGGCGUGGUCCUGGUGGGCGAUGCCCUCGAGUUCGGCGAGGAGGCGGACAACUUCCUUUGGCACUGGCAACAGGCGGGCUAUCUGAGCCACUACAUCGGCGUGGCCACCUUCGUCCUCUACCUGUUCCUCUCGUAGAACAGAUAUGGGUAGGAUGCUAGCCCAUAUACUUGCCAUGACUGAUCCACACGUAUUAAUAUUUGUAAUCAUCUCUAAUCAUACCGCAUCAAUUUUUUGUACUUUUGUAUCUCUUCGUAUCUCGUAGUUUUUGUAUGUGUGUGUGUGUGUGUGCUGGGUGAAGUACUUAAUAUUAAAUCGUUCUGUGAAACUGAUGCACUGGCGCAACUUCAAUUUGGGACCCAGGAUAAAGUGAAAUGCUCAUGAUUUCGAGUGAGAUAGAUAGAACACGUGGCCAUGAAAUAGGGUAGAAUGGCAGGAAAAAUAAAUAUACUCAUAUGGCAUAGUUUUGAUGACUCAUAUAUAUAAAAUCUAAUCAAUAAUUACUACCUUUUUGUAUAUAAAAGUAGUUUUACUAUUUAAUUUAUAAAGAAGUGGAAAUAAAACGACUAUUCCGUACAACUCACUGUAAAAGUUACCAAUCUAUAUAUUUUCAGAUAUAAAAAUGCAAUUUCUGUAUAUAUUAGUUUUUUAAAAGCCUUAGUUUUUAACAAUUAAAAUAAAAU